AUUCAAGAAGUCGUCGACACUACAAUUUUAUUGUGAAGUUUCGAACUUUUAGAUAAGUCUAAAAAGUUAGUUUUUUGUUACGAAAUUUAUGUGCAGGGCGGUUGUUUAUCAAAGCGAAGUGUAACAAUGAUGUGUGUUAGUUGAAAAUGUUGUUUGUGUGGUGUUUUUGAUAAUAUAACUGUUAAUAUUACGUGUAGGUGGCUACUUAUGUAUUGUAGUGCCCCAACCGAUGUGAAAGUGUUUUCGCAUAAAAUUGAGAUCCCAUUGUUCUUUCCUGGUAGAUGUUGGGAAAAACACGUAUGCCACUUGCGUAAGGUGCAGACAACAGUUGCCACAAUGUGUUUUAUUCCUUCUAAUUUCCACUGAACUUUGAAAACUCAUCGAAGUGACAAUGAAUGUGCCAUCACGUGAAAAUGCAGGUCUCCUGUCGUCAGGUAACUUUUCUGACGAGGGCGGCGGCAGUUCCGACAUCCGCACGGACAGCAGCGAGGACGAGGUGACCGAGCACGUGACCAGGUCCACGCCACCACCAGACAUGGCCGCCGCGAGAGCACAGGUGCCAACUAUAAGCGUGACGCCUCACAGCCCCGGCGUGCUGGAAGACAGUUUGCAGCAGCUUCGACGACUCCAUGCCGCCGUACAGCGCAUGCGCGCCGCACCUCUACCGCUACUGCAGGCAACGGGCAGCAGUCGCCUCAGCACUUCGUGCCCGUCUCUGUGCAAAGAUGGCGUCGUGGAACCAGAGUGUAGCUCGCCGACUCAUCUGGAUUUCUACCCGCAGAGUCGCAAGGGAAGCGUGUCGUGUUUCCUAGGCGAGUCGCGGCAGUGGGGACUGUGGGAGCGGCGCGACGAGGGCCGGCGCAGCUCCUGGGCCGCGCUCGACCCCAGCGCGAGGCUGCACGACGCGCACAGGCAGCGCAGUACGCUAAACGGCCACAGCGCGUCGCUGUCGUCGAUGGAGUCCGAGGGGGAGGUGCCGCGCCCCGUGCGUCACUCCACGCACUCGCUCAACGAUAAUGAUCUCGCUAAGGACUUCGAGAAGGUGACGGCGGCGCUGCGGUCGGGCGCGAUGGCGGGCGCGGCGGAGGGCGCGCGGCUGGCGGCGCGGCUGCCGCUGCAGAAGAGCGUGUCCACGCCCAGCAUCGUCGCCGCCGUGCAGCCGCCGGCGCCCGCGCCGCCCGUCUCCGCCUUGUCUGGCAGAGGUGUGAGCGAGACGGAAAGCGAGGAGGACGCGUCCGCGGCCACCGUCGGCGCCGCCGCCGCGCCCGGCCGCAGGAAUAACACGCACCAGGAACACUUGGGCUUGCACCGGUUGGCGUUCUUAGAACAGGCUGCGUACGAUCAUCAUGGCGAAAAACGUCGAAAACGAGGCAGCUUAUUCUUCAGGAAGAAGAAGGACAAGUCCCGCAAGGCGACGCACUCGUGGGCGGCGGCGAGCAACGCGGGCGACUGUGACUGGUGCUCGCGAGCGCUCGCGCCCGCGCCCGCCGUCUACUGCGAGAAUUGCACGCUGACGGUGCACCAGCCUGGCUGCAAGGACUACAUCGUUGAGUGUAACAAACCCAAGUCCUCUAAGACGUCAGUCGGGAAGUCGUUGAGUGCGAACAGCGGUAAAAGCAGUAAGAGAAGCUCCGUGUCGGGACAGUCACAAAGCAAUAGCACGAGUCACAUCUACAAUGACGAUAAAGAUGGCUCGGAUCACAAACAUGACCAGAGCAACGCUUCGGACGACGCGGGCGCAAGCGAGUGGCCGGAAGUGUACCUGACGCCGGACCAGCUCGGCGAGGAGGCCAUCAUGCUGGGGCUCGGGGCUUCCGAACCCGACACCUGGGCCGCCGGCGCGCCCAAGGGACUCGCCAAGUCCCUGGGCGACAGAGAGACCAAGCGACAGGAGCACAUAUACGAGCUGAUUCUGACGGAAAAACAUCAUUGUCUCACCAUACGGCUUAUGCAAAAGAUGUUCGCGGCGGGCAUGGUGCGCUCGUGCGGCGUGAGCGGCGCGCAGGUGUGGCGCAUGUUCCCGCGCGUGGACGAGCUGUGGGCGCUGCACGCCGCGCUGCUGGCGCGCCUGCGCGCGAGGCAGCGCCGCGCGCCCGCCGUCGCCUCCGUCGCCGACAUCCUCGCCGACACCUUCGCGCCGCCCGCGCAGGACAAGCUCAAGGCCGCUUACGGUGAGUUCUGCUCGCGGCACCGCGACGCCGUGGAGGUGUUCAAGGACUGCUGCGCGCGCGAGCCUCGCCUGGCGCGCUUCAUACGCAAGUGUCAGCAGAACCCGCUGCUCAGGAAGAAGGGCGUGCCAGAAUGCGUACUGUUCGUAGCUCAGAGGCUAACCAAGUACCCGCUACUGUUGGAGCCGCUGCUGAAGACCGCGGGCGACGAUAUGAACGAACGCGACUUGCUACAGAAGGCGUUGUGCGGUGUUAAGGAGAUCCUAGUGGACGUGGAUAACCAAGUCGCAGCGAAAGAGCGAGAGGACCGCAAGCUGGAGAUAUACCAUCGGAUCGACGCCAAAUCGUUCGCUAACUUCAGAGGCCGCAAGUUCAAGAAGAGCGCCAUACUGCAAGGAAACAGGAGUUUGAAGUUUGAAGGCGUGGCAACCCUGAUGCAGGGCCGCAGCAAGAUGCAGACCCUACUCGUCAUAGUGCUCACUGACGUGUUGUUCUUCCUCCAUGACAAUAACAACAAAUACACAUUCUUCACACCUGACAAUAAGACGGGCGUGGUGUCGCUGGUGAAGCUGCUGGUGCGCGAGAAGGCGGGCGCGGAGGGGCGCGGCCUGUACCUCAUCUGCAGCGGGCCCAGCGAGCCCGAGAUGUUCGAGCUCAGGGUACACCGGCCCAAGGACAUCGCCACAUGGAUACACGCUAUUAGAGCGGCAGUACAGAGCUGUCCGCAAGAGGUGGAGGAGUCGGAGGCGGGCGCGCUCGCCACCUCCGCCGAGGAGCGACAGCGGCAGCUCGAGGCCAGGCACGAGAACAUAAGACUGAUCACAGAGGCGUUGAGGGCGAAAGAUAGAGAGCAAGCGGCAUUGCUUGAGGAGAAAAUGGCGCUCCAUAUGAAACUAGUCGCGCACACCGGGCCGUUUGUGUUAGAAGUGCCAAAUACAAGUGUAAACACAGCGUUCCCGGGUGGGUUAGUUUUUCCUGAUUAUGUGAGACUGGCGGCGCCCACCAUGGACUCACACACGCUCUGGCAGGAGGUCUGCAAAGUUGUUAAGGAGGCGUUAGAGGCGAGCAGCGCGGGAUGCACGCACUGCGGCGGCGCGGGGGUGGGAGUGGCGGGCGCGACGAGCGCGGCGCCGUGCGCGUGGUGCGCGGGCGGCGCGGCGCUGGGCCGCAGCACGAGCUCGGCGGGCGAGCGGCACUCCGUCGCGUACGAGAGCCCCGCGCUGCCGCGACGAGCCGACACCUUCGCCGGCUUCGACGCCUCUAGGCAUCGCGACACGAGCGCCCUCUCGGCUGCAGGUGUGAGCUUGCGCACGUCGACGGACACGCCGCCGGAGGGGGGCGAGCUGGGGGGCGAGAGCGACCCGACUGCAGGCGUCGGUGCAGGCCCGGGGGACGAACGGCAUCACCACGCGCACGCACCUGACGCGGCGAUCAAACUACACCAUGCUAUAUACACACUCACUUGCAUCGUGUGGCAUCAACUUACGACAAUACAUAGCCUGCAGGCGCAGGUGUGCGCGUGGCGCGCGGGCGCGGGCGCGGGCGCGGCGGGCGGCGCGGCGCGGCACGACGCGCAGCUGGAGGAGCUGCGGCACGCGCAGGCGCGCCUCACGGCCGAGCGCGCCGCCUGGGAGGCGCAGCGCACCGCCGACCAGGCGCAGCUGCACCAGGAGCGGCGACAGUUACUAGAGGCUAGAGAAGAGUUGACAUUACAACAGAAGGACGUGGAACAACAACGCGAGCGCUUGUACAGGCGUCUGGAACGGCUGCAACAGCAUGGCGGUUCUCAAGAGGAAAUAGCGAGCGUGGGGACACUGUCACCAGACUCCAGCGUGAGCGACACCAUGCGGCGGAAGGAACCUAAGUGGCGAAAUAACCGCGGCUCGACCGGGUCGGAGUCGAGCGCGUGCGCGCUGCCGCCGCCGCAGCUGCUGUCCGCGCAGAACGAGACGCGCGCCUCCGCCAUCGCCGCGCCGCUCGCCCAAAUGGUGAAACAACAGUUGCCUUUGAAGCUAGCGAGCGGCAAGAGUCAGCAACCGCCGCCUGGGUACCACAGACUGCACGAAUCGCCCAGUGAGCAACAAGGCUUAGUAAUCCACCACACGCGCACGGGCAGCUCGCCAGCGCCGCUACCCUCGCAGCAGCAGUUCAACAACAAGGCCACCAGGACGAACACAUACCCGAAGCUGCCGGACAAGUUCCGCGUGCGGUCCCCGGAGGCGGGGCGCGCGUCGGUGCCGGCGCCGUCGCCGGCGGGCGCGUCCCCUCCCGCGCCCUCCGAGGAGGAGGUGAUCUUCUUCUGACAGCAGCGGCCCGCGCAGGCGCACACGCGCUCCUGAGACUGCCGCCUCUCAUAGACCUUCCGACACAUCGACAUCGACUGUACAAACCUGAUUGAUUUGAUUAUCGACUGCUGCUGCGCUGUGUAUCUGUGUCGAUAAUUUUUCGCUGCACUAUUUGAGUUUGCCGCUGGAUUUGUUUACUGAGUAAAUACGUUUCUUGUUGAUCAAUAGGUAAUGUAUAUGCUCCUCAUUUGAUUCCCAUAACUGUAGUUUAUAACCUGUUUAUCGAUAAUAAGUUUGACUGUCUAUUUUUGCUAUUUUAUUGUGUUUAAGUAUUUCAUUAGUUUAUUUUUAAAUGUCAUGAUGUGUAGACAAAUAAUUUGCAGCUGCCAUGACUUGGAUUAUAUUCAUUUAGUGUUCGAUUUAAUUAUGUAUUCAGUAUAUUAGUAAUUUAAUUUAAUUCUCAAGAUGAUCUGUUAAAUGACGUCUUAGUUUUUCAUACAUAUAAAUAUGCAGCUAUGUAACAUUCCUUCGAUUAUGAUCUCUAUGUAUUGAGCAGUAUUCAACUAUCAGCUGAUUGGAGGCAACUAACAUUCCUUACGUUCCUUUAUUUAUUGUCGUUGUAGGAGGGUCUAGUGAGAAUGUAACAUUAGGGACCUUGCUUAGGUACAUUAAAUCAUUAAUUAGUAAUCAUAUAUCGAUAGUGACAAUCGAUAUUUCGUCAAAAUGUCGACUGUAAUUUCGCAAGAUUAUGGUACGUUAUAAAAUGAGAUUGGUACAAAAUUAAAAAAUAUGAAUAUCAUGCAACUCGAGAGUUGCCGCUGAUAAUGACAUUGUUCGAGAUAUCUCGUAGUUAUAUUCGCAUUGUUAUAGGACAAAAUUCAAUAGGAAAUUUAAGGUGAGCUAUAGUGUAGAUAUCAUUCAUUUAGAAUAUAGAACGAUGUAUAAACAAUUCAGAGUAGGCAUUCACGAUAGAGACGCAACCAAAUGAGCAAAUAUUAGAUUUGAGCUUGAUUAGACAAAUUCAAAGUAGAUAGGCGACAAUGAUUUUAACAAAUGAUGGGCUUAGUAAAAUUACAACUUAACAGUAGAGAUGUCAAGAUUCUAGCGGUCUAUAGAUGAUUAUAAACAUUGUUAAAAUAGAUGUUCUCGUGAAUAAAUAAAUUAAUCUUGUUGUUGACUUAUUGGAAAUAUUAAAUCAGUGUUAUUGACGACAUUUGAUCGAAUCGAGAACGGUUUGCACGAAUAUGCCGCGAGUAACAUUACAAUCGUGCAAUCGUUAGUUCUCGAUUUAAUCGAAUGUUCGAAACUAUCGAUGCGAAUAUUAAUUCGUAUAACUUUGAAACUGUUGUUAAGUAACGUUUUAUAUCUAUUCUUUAUUAGGGCACUUGUUACUCGGUCGGUGUCCAUUAAUUGUAUAAGUAUUUUGGUCGUACACGACUGACGAUUCGAAUUAAAUUGAAAUAAUAUACAAUUUUUGCACACGUUCUACAAAAUAUAUUCUUGAUCACUGAAUUUAUUUUUUAAAUUAGCACGCUGUAUUCCGAACUAUAGUACAUAAAUGCUUUUAUAUUUCGAAGUAACUUUAAUAUAUGAAUAUAUAGCUAUAUUUAUCUGUACACUGUUUGAAAUGAGUAUAUGAUAAUUAUCACAUUAUUGUAUAACUGUUAUUGGUGUAAAUAUGUUGAAAAAUGUUUAUUAUGUGUAAUAGAAUGUUAUAUUCGCAAUUUUAAUGUUACAGUAGUUUUCCGAUCGCGGCUUUUGCCAGCGUUGAAAUUCUUUAAAUCCUUGAGAACCUAUUUUAGUAUAUAUUUUAGCUAAUGGAUUCAUAUAUUUACCAAUGAAAAUUGCACUUCAAUCCUUUAUUUUUGUCGAUAAAAUGACGUAUAGUUUAUCGAUAACCCGAAAUCUAUCGACGUUUUAACCAUAGUAUUACUAAUGAAGGUACGACGUUUAAUUUAUCGAUAACCAUAAUAUCGACAUUUAACCAUAAUAUUCCAAAUGAAUGUACAAUGUGUUAGCAUGGUAUAACUAUACAUACAAUAGCAGUUGAAAGAUAAUACGACGCACUGAAGUGUUUGGUAGGGCGACGCAACAUCGAGUGAGAUAAGGCAGGGAUUUUAUUCGCAAGUGAUAUUAGACAGUUGCUGGAACGAGAGAGGUUAGUUGGUAUAAAAUAUACUUUUGUUAUUAAGCUGAAACAGACUAAUAUUAUGAAGGAAAAAAUGGUGUCUCGAAUUUCUAUAGCAGUUAAAUUGUAGGAAAUAUUUUAGUAUUCAAUUUAAAAUUCAAUUCAAUUUAAAUUUUUAAGUUUCGUUUUUUUUUUAAUAAGCUAUACCUUAUCGUGUAUUUUUAAUGCUAUUAUAUCUGAUUUAUUGAAGAUAUUCCGACUGGAUAUCAAAACGUAGACCUAAUGAAAUUCCCAGUAAGUAUUUCAGAUGCAAGUGAUCAUCCAAUAAGUUAAACUAGACUAUCCCUGGCGACCGUCAAAGGCAUGUGGAUAUUAUGUUUGAAUCACUAUACCUAUUUCUAGAUUCAUUAAAGUAACCCCACUAACAGACGUUUUUAAUAAGCUAUCUCGAUAUCAAUUUGCAAUCCAAUUCCGAUUAUGAAUCAAAGUUCUUUUAAUUUCAAACUGAUUGGUCCAUUUUUUAGUUAGACCGAAAAAUGCGAUUAAGAAGUCGAUUAUAAUCGAUAAUCAUUGAAAAUGGAUCGAUUUUUAAUAAUUCUUGAAAAUGGUAGUAUACUUACAAACGUAUGCUUUUACACGUGCUAAUUGCUGUAGAAAUUCGAGUCCUUAUAUCGACAUUAAAAGUAGUACUUGCCCAUGUAAUAUCAGUGUAUAUGUAAAAUUAUUAGUUUGUUACCCGACUACACACACUAUAAUUUAAAUAUAAAUAGUUAAUUCGAUACUUUCUUAGUAUUCCAGCCAUUCAAGUAUUGCAUUAAUUGUGACAUUUGUCAAUUCAUGUUUUUAAAUACCUAUAAGCGUGUUACUUUUUUCAAAAUAGGAAUUCUAAAAGUCGAUAAAUUAUAACAAUAUUAACGUAAUAUUUGGACGGACUCGUUUGACUAUUCAUAAAUAGCUCAUAUAAUAUUCGACAACGGCGCGUAAUGUAAGGCAGCGGUCUCAGUAAAAUCAUGAAUGAAUACUACCGUACGUAAAAUGGUUUAUAAAGUAACUAAACACAGUCACGUCUGAAAAACUAUAGCGACUAUCAGUUUACGGUCGCACUGCACGUUUACAUACAUAUUUACUGAAACGCGAUAGAAAACGUUAACUCUACUAAAGCUGUAGUCAGACAAGAUGUUUUCGUUAGGUGCAUGUUCCAUUAAAGUGACAUCAUGCAAAUGUUUUAACUCACUUAGAUUACUGUUAAACAACUCAUAAGACUAUGUAACUAUUUUUCGUGCAUUUACUGUAAUCCUUUUUACUAUUUAGUGUUUAGAGAUGGUGAUAUUUUAAAAACUAUUUUCUUGUUUAAGAUAACCUUUUCAUACUGAAUGUAUAUAUAUUGACGUUGAUGUUUGAACAUAUUGAACGUAAGUAUUUGUCUCUUAAAAUGUAUCGAAUGAAUUAUUGUACCUAGGUUUAUAAACAUGUCUAAAAUCUUACUUGCAAUAAGUAUUUAGCGUUAAUUGUUUUAAAAUAUAAAAGACACGGACAGUCUUCGCAUUGUUAUUAGUAGAAAUGUUUAAUGAAAUUGGAUUUAAUAAAUAAUUUUAUUGUUUGCAAUUCGUCUGAUAGAUAUUUCGAUUUCAAAACAUCAUGACAAUAAAAUAAAUAAUUUUCUAUUUUCGGAUCACGCUUCCAUUUGGAUCGUUUUGUUUGAAUAUAUUUAUGGAACUUUCGAGAAAUGUACGGCCGUCGGUUAUUGUUAAUCCAUAUCUUGUGUUGACGGCCAGUAUGCAUUUAAUAUAAUCGUUCCUUAAUGUAAACUUUAAUCAUUCGAUGACAUGCUAUUUUAGAUUUAAGUGUAAUGUUGCAUUUAGCCAAAUCAAUAUCGAAACAAAUUAUAAUAAUAAACUUAUUCACGAAUCACACCACAAUAACAAUGUAGAUCUCAAAAUUACAAACACACUGCUGUAUUUUUAAUAUUUAAUUGUUCCUCCUAUCGCAUUGACAAUACCGUUAAGAAAUGAGCUUACAUUCAGGAUAAAGUUAAAUAAACUAAUUAUGAAGGUUUUGAACUAUUUAACAGAGUACAUUAUGUGAUUAUGUUGAUAUUGGCAUAAUAUUUAAAAGAUCUACUUCAUGUAAGAAAAUCAGUGCUAUUAGUCGUUUAGAUUCUGGACUAUGUAAAAGCUAUUACAAAUGUAAUUAUUUUCACAAAGGCAAGCGCGGAUUCACAAUGAGACAAUGAGGAUGACUAUAUGAUCAUUUAUUUACAAAAGGUUUUUGCAUAAAUAUUACUCGCCCGUCAAUGUCCCUCAAUACGCGCACCAUUCUACUUAUAAAUUUAGAUACAGUUACUCGUGCAGUAUUUCAAUAUUUAUGCUAGUUUUACGUUUACGCAUUAUAAACUGUAGUAUUAUGUUAAGUUUGUGGCAAUAUUCAAAAUUUUGUAUAAGCUUUAAAAUUAUACUUUAGUAUUUUUAGUAAUGGAUUCCCUCCAAAUUUCUUUUCGUGUAUAUUUUGUGGCGACAAUACAAUGCGUAUUGCUCAAUGUUGUGCUCAUUUAUUCCUUGUAUUCUAGUUUAUUGAUAUUAUAUACUUAUAUUUUGUAAAGUUGAAAUCUGCAACAUCCUACUUGCUUGAUGGUAUGGUACGGUUAUGUUGAUCUCUAUCUGUGAGAGUUCGCGGGCAAUGCCUGCCUUGUACUUAAUAGAUGAAUGAAAAUAAACAUUUACUUAGUAUCAA